AUGGUUCCGGCUUCUCUCCCGCUCGGGGAAUUACAAUCGUCAGAUGUAACGAGAGAUUUGCUCCAAAGAGUCAAAGCUAUUGAGGACCAUUUGGGGUUAAGCAGUGUUCCAAAGCAAGUAAGCCAGGAGCCCAAGGUUGGAGAAAUUGUAGAGCCGUGGUAUGACGAUGAACCCCUGGAUAAGCUCUGGGAGGCGUCUGCAGUGUUGGAAAGAUGUGUUCCUGGACCACGAGAUGGUCCGCAUUGGCGAAGAAGCAAUAUAAGGCACCUCUGGAAAACAUUUCACGACAAGAUGCCUGGACUUCACUUUUUGCCAAGCAAGCAAAAAUUUUCUUCUCCCGGGCCGAUUCUUCUUGCUGCUAUGCUUUACUGCUCAAGUGUCCGUGGUGCUCCAGAGCACGCAGCUAUUGCACCUGGAUACUUCACAAUCUUAUGCUGUGCUAUCUCGCAACUUAGCAUACCUUGUAGUGAGAUUGGCCUGCCUCUCACAAGCCUGGAGGGGGCCGAAGAGUAUGCAUUCCAGGUGGUGCUUGGGCUCGUUCUUGCUGGACUUUUGAAUGAAGGCAACAUUCGCGAAACGGGGAUAUGGAUAUCCAUCGCAUACAGGCUAGUACUGGAGCACUGCCCUCCCCAGGUUGAUGAGAGAUACUGUGACUGGCGGAGAUUAUUCAACGGCGUGCAGAUAGUCGACUUGGAGCAUGCGUCACUCCAUCUGUCUUCACCAGUCAUCCCAAUAGAGCCGCCUCUCGCUGUGUUGCAGGUUUCACACAGAGAUCAGCUGUACCGCCUCUCCCGCAUGAUGCACACUGGCUUGUCGCAUUUCUCCGGGCGCGGCUUGCCAACGAUAUGGUCUUGUUUUUCCGGCGAUGUUACCGACGCUACGUCUUCGCCUGACCCAUUCAGCCCUGUUGAUGCUGCCGUCAUCCGCGACUGGGCCAGAAAUCUGGAUGAUUGGUUGGUUGAAUUUACGAAGACUGGUGAUGACUUGGAUUCACAGAGAAAAACUGUCUUUCGACAGUAUGUCCUUCAUCGAUUAGUCGUUUUGUCAAUCUAUCACCCUGCCAAGGGCUGCAACCUGCGUUCGAGUAGCAUCUCACUGAAUGAACAACAUGAAUUACUAGUUUCGGCCCGGGCUACUCUGAAGCUACACUACAAUGACAAGUCUAUAUGGUCAAACUGGGACUUGGUGAUUAUAUCUUGGGCUGCUUUAAUUGUCAUCCAUGGCAUUGAGGCAGGUGUUGGCGAGUCAGAUGAUUUGCGAAACAUUCGGGUUCAUUUGGACAUGCUUCAGGACACCAAUGAGCCGAUCCCAAACCUGCGUACAAAGCUGGCGGCUAUUUUAGAGCAGAACAUACAGAGACUGCACACGCCAAGCCCUUCUGCAACGAACCAUAUGCCAAUGCAACCGUUGAAUUCCGGCAUGAACCUUGAUUAUUCCUGGCAGAUCUUUGACCAAGCAAUCAUGUCCGAAGUCAUGGAUCCGUUUUGGCUCAGGACAGCGGAGAUACAGCACAAUAUUCAAUGA